AUGAGUACGGUAUACCAUUGCGCGAUACGCGUCGUAUUACUACUUGGCUUUGGGGUGAAGGCCGUUAUUUACAGUAAGUUUUUGUACAGUAUGCUUUGAUAUUAGGUUUUUUUUUGGGUUUGGGUCUAGCUUAUCUUUUUUCGGCUCAGGGGUUUAGGCUUAGAGUUUAAGGUUUAGAGAUUCUGGCUUAGAGGCUUUAGAUUUAGUGGGCUCAGAAUUGGUAGGCUUAGGGUUAGUAGACUUAGGCUUAGCAGGCUUAGGCUUAGUAAGCUUAGGCUUAGUGGGCUUAAGCUUAGCAGGCUUAGGCUUAGCAGGCUUGGGCUUAGCAAGCUUAGGCUUAGUAAGUUUAGCCUUAGUAGGCUUAGGCUUAGUAGGCUUAGCCUUAUAAUGACUAUAAAUACUAGUAAAAUAGGCAGGUGAUAAGGUUAUGCCCCGAACAAAUUUAGAGUAAGAUCCCAGCACUCGCAGUCAUUUGUUGGGUCGUUUUACACCGAGGCAGAUAUGACAUAAAAACAUAAAAUUACAUAAGAAAACGUUGCGCAACACGAUUUCUGACAAUUUCUCUAAGGCUAUGAAAUUAAAUUAUCAAAGUUAUGUAAAGCGGCACAUUUUUUGAGAGGAAUCUUUUUUAAUACUUAUAGUAUUAUAUUUUACUAUUUAUAAUAUUAUAUUUGAGGUUAUACUUUAGGUGAAUAAGCUUAGGCUUAACAGAAUUAGGCUUAGCAGACUUAGUAGGUUUUUGCUUAGGCUUAGAGAUAGGCUUAGGCUUAGUAAGCUUAGGCUUAGUAGGCUUAGGCUUAGUAGGCUUAGGCUUAGUAGGCUUAGGCUUAGUAGGCUUAGGCUUAGUAGGCUUAGGCUUAGUAGGCUUAGGCUUAGUAGGCUUAGGCGUAGUAGGCUUAGGCUUAGUAGGCUUAGGCUUAUUAGGCUUAUUUUGCACGAUGAAAGAAAUUUGUUUAUACUCUCAUUUUUUAGCCAGAGACAGUCGAGAAGGUCUCAAGCAUGAUCAAGUGCCUCAAGUACGGUUAGCACGUGACAUCCUAGCACCCGGCCGCUACGAUGUGCGCGUACGGCCGGUCCAGAACCAUACGCGGCCGCUGAAAAUCCACAUCAGUAUGAGUCUAUAUCAACUCAUCGACGUCAACGAACCAUCGCAGUUCAUUCAGAUGAACAUGUGGAUGAUACAGAAGUGGGAGGACGAGAUGCUGGACUGGGACCCACGGGACUACAGUAUGAUCAACACUACCAUAUUGCCACAUCAUGUCAUUUGGAUCCCGGAUACAUAUGUAAGUGUAGUAAAAAUGGCAAGGACUUUCUUUACAAUACAAAAAAUGGCAAGAACUUUCUUUACAAACUAAAAAAUGGCAGGAACUUUCUUUACAAAACAAAAAAUGGCAAAAACUUUCUUUACAGAACUUAAGAUGUCAUUUUCAGUUAUACAACAGUGUAGUAAUGGCAGCCGACGAAACGGAACGCUACAUGAACAUCCGUGCUGACACUUUGUUCUGGGAGGGUCGGCGUGGAUCUCAUAUCUCCUUUCUAUACCCAGCCAUCUAUACCAUAACAUGCCGGUUGAAUAUACGAUACUUUCCUUAUGAUCAACAGAACUGCACCUUGACUAUCAGUAGCUGGACUAACAGUAAAUCAGCCGUGGAUUACUACGCUGAUCCUGAAGUCAAUAUGGCAUCGUUCAUACCUAACGAGGAGUGGAAGGUCAUCUCAUUCAAGGUUCAUCGACAUGAGGUAGGUAGGGUAGGGUAGGAUACGGUAUGGUAGGAUACGGUAAGGGACGGAGGGUAAGGUACGGUAGUAUAAGUAGUGGAUGGUAGGGUAUAGUAAGAUACUAUAUGACAGAACAGGGUACUGUAGUGUGGGAUGUCUAUGGCAAGACACGGUACCGCUGCAUACGGUAGCGGACGGCAGGAUAAGGUACGAUUGUUUAAAGGGGGAGGGGAGCAACCUCAGGGUAAAGUAGAGUACUGUAUGAUAUCUUGCGGUAGUUAGGGUACUGUAGGGAAUGGCAGGGUACGGUAGUAUACGGUAGCGGAAGGUAGGUACGGUAGGAUGGAGUAGGACACUGUACGGUAGGGCAGGGCGCGGUAAGGCAUAGUACGGUAGGGUAGGGUAUAGCAGGGUAGGGUAGGGUACGGUAGGAUACGGUAGAGUAUGGUAGGGUACAGUAGGAUUGGGUAAUGUAAGGUAGGAUACUGUAAGGUGGGGUAGGGUACAGUAGUAUAUGGUACGCUAUUAUACGGUAGUGGAUGGUAAGGUAGAACACAAAUUACAGUACACCAUUUCAGUACAAAUACGCCUGCUGUCCGGAGCCAUGGGUAAUAUUGGAGGCUUCUAUUGUCAUCAGACGUAAACCUUUGUACUACGUGGUCAACCUUAUCAUACCAACAUCAAUCAUAACAUUGGUUUCGAUCACCGGCUUCUUCACGCCGGCUAGCACGGCCGAUGAUCGUACUGAAAAGAUCAAUCUUGGUAUUACUACGGUAAGGAAUGUCAUGCUGUGCCAAAAAUUUUUUUUAAAUUAUAAGUUUUUUGGUUUUUAAAAUCUAGUCAUUUUCUGACCAUCACAUCAUUUAAAUACCCAAAUUUUAGCUGCUAGCCAUGUCCAUCUUGAUGUUGAUGAUCUCUGAUCAAAUGCCAACAACUUCCGAUUUCAUUCCGUUAAUUGGUAAGAACUUUGUUUACAAAACAAAAAAUAGGCAUAACUUCACUAUAUGAGGCCUAAAAUGUCAGGAACUUUCAUUUUAUGACCAGAAAAUUGACUUAGAAAAGUGGAAUUUGAGUGGAAGAUUUGUAACGUAUUUUGCACUGAAAAUCUUCCACUCAACUUCCAUUUUUAAAAAUUGUUUAAAACGUGUUUUUAGGCCAUUUUGAGUCUAAAAUGGAAGUUAAGUGGAAGAUUUUUAGUGCAAAUUACAUUACAAAUCUUCCACUCAAUUUCCAUUUUUCAAACCCUCUAUUUAGGUCACAACCCCUAAAAAAUGACAAAAUCUGCCUUUUCACCCCAUUAUCAGUCUAUUUUCAGCCUGGUUUUACUUAUCAAUUAUCAUAAUCAUCUCGAUUGGCACCUUCCUGACGUCGGUGAUAUUAAGUAUCCAAGGCCGACGUCAAUACGGAAAACUGCCUCCAGUUUACAUACGAUACUGGUUCUUUUCGAAAUUUACCGUCUGGUUUUGUGUCGGCAUCCCACCGCCGUUGGCAGUGCUUUGGGAGGAGUUGCACGUAAGUUUUUGGGGGCGGCAGACUGCUCGGGACAUGUUAUACGAUGAAAGGGAUUUUUGUGGCAAAAUAAAGAAUUUGAAUGUGCACCAGAGGCGCGAUACUUAAAGUUUUGGAUUUCCAAUACAAUGUUUCACUUUGUUUACUUUUUGAGUUUGGGCUGCAGGCUGCGAGGGACAUGUUAUACGAUGCAACGUGUUUUUGCCAUUUUUAAUUGACAUGAUAAAAAACAUGAAAAUAAAAACUAUUUUUAAAAUCUUUUAUGUCUAGCGUAUGAAAAAUAUUUGAUUUUAAGUACUAUUUUUUCAUAAAUUUAGCCUUUGCAGCCUGCAAGUGACAUGUUAUACGAUGAAACACGUCCUUGUAAUUUAUCGGAAAAAUUGAAAAGAUGAUAAAAAAUACGUUGAUAAUGCACAAAAAAUUUUAAAAAAUUAAAAUUUUCCAUUUUCAGGAUCACCCCUUUUACACAUUUAACAAAAGAAAACACGCCAUCUCGUUACCUGGUUCUCUGAUCCCUGAUCGGCCGAUCUUACAGGUAAUUUGCCAUUUUUCGUAUUUUAUGACCAUUUUUACAUUCAUAUAUGUAAAUCCUAUAUUUAAGCCAUCUUAUUUUAGUCCCAGCCCUCAAUUAAAAACGACCCAGCACCUCGGCUAGCUCAUGUCGACUCGCCUGGAUCACCUAAACAUCUAGGUAUACCUCAAUCAACUAGGUCGCGACAUAAUUGGCUGAGGGUCGGAAGUGCGAUUCGAAGAGCGAAGCCAGAAGAGAAGAAUAAUAUUGUGCCUAUGAUUGACAUUAGUACGCCAGGAAGUGUCACUAGUAGUGCAGCCAACUCGAGACGAACUUCCAUGUGGGACCAGACUGUAGCUUCUGUUAGUGUGGCUACUGGAAGGCUUAUGGGUAAGUUAUCCCAACUCUACAAUACCGUACCCUACCCUACCCUUGUUUUUUCUAGCCCUACUUUCUCAUUUCCCCUACCCUACUCUGCUUCUUACUGUACUUGAAGCCUUUAGGCCUCAAAUCUAGGCCUAGCUCAAAAAAAAUCAAAGGUGCCGCCCCACCGGUCUUGUUUCUCAUUUUACCAUACCCUACCUAAGGUACCGUACCCUAGACUAGGGCUAAGCCAAAUCUAUCCCCUACCUUUAUCAAAUCUAGGCCUGCCAUGUCCUACUCUAUUCAACCCAGCCUCCCCUACCUUACCCUACUCUGCUUUGCUUUGCCUUACCCUACCCUAACCUUCUCUACCCUGCCCGACUUUGCUUUACCUUGCCAUACCCUACCCUACUCUACCCUACCGUACACUAUCCAGCCUUACCCUACUCUACCGUACCGUACACUAUCCAGUCUUACCCUAGCCUAACCUACCGUACGCUAUCCUGCAUUACUCUAACCCUGAUUUAAUCAUUGCCUAAACAAGCCUAGCUCUAGAUCCACUACGCUUUUUCCCAACCCUUUUCAUUGCCCUGUCCUACCUUAGAAACCCUUUCAUAACACCCCUUUACAUUUUCAGGCCUAGACAAAGAGCCCACCGCCCGCCGUACCUCAGCCAUGAUUCAAGCCGAUGUCUUGAGUAUGAAACGGAAACGGCAGUGCUCUCUGGAAUGGGAGUUCUUGGCCACGAUUCUGGACAGGAUAUUCUUGAUCUUCUUUAUUCUUAUCGUAAUCAUCACCACCUUGGGCAUGAUGUUAACGGGUCGUGUGGCGCAAUAUCAGUAUGACCAGGAGGAGUUUUGA